AUGAGUCCCCUGUCCUUCGCGCGCCUUCGCGCAGGCGGUGGUGGUGAGACUUUCUCCUCGUACAACUUUCUUUGUCGUAGCCAGCUGCGGUCUUUUCCGGCGAGAAGCAUCUUCCGGGGGGGUCGUCGCUCGCAUGCGCCUCCGUCUGGGUGUGCAGGGUCUUUUCUGUCGUUUUCAAAGAGCGCGACUAGUCUGGAGAAGCCUUUCGCCGCUCAGCUGAGGCUGCCUCCCGAGUCUUCAUCGUCUUACCUCUCGUUUUCUGCGUCGCCUGCGGCUAGUUCCUGGUGGCUGGAUGCCUUCUCCGCCAUCCUCGGUCUGCUGACGCUGUCUCGGCGAGGCCUUUGCUUCAGCGGUCGACGGCCCGUCCCAUCCGGCACCUCGGUCGGCCGUCUGAGCGCGUGUGCUCCGUCACUUCCUGCGCAGACUGCAUCCGCGACCCCGCUCUCGAGAGUAGACGGCAUCCGUCUGGGAAGGGAACCCCCGCUCUCGGCCUGUCUCUACUAUUCAACGAGCAUGGGGCAAGAUGGCGGGGAACGACGCGCCGCAGCGCCGUCGGCGGCGGAGAAACUCGCUCAACUGCGGCAGCUGAUGAAAGACCGCGGCCUGGACGCCUUUAUCGUCUACAGCGGCGACGCGCACGGCAGCGAGAUCCCUGCGCCGUGCGACGAAAGGCGCCAGUUCCUGACUGGCUUCGACGGGAGCAGCGGCGUGGCGGUUGUCACUGCGGACGAGGCGCUGCUGUGGACCGAUGGAAGGUAUUUCGUUCAAGCCGAGCGGCAGCUCGAUCCGUCCCUGUGGAGACUCAUGAAGCAAAACACGCCAGGCACCCCGAAAGUGCAGGACUGGCUCUUCAAUAACCCCAAAGUCAAGCGUCUGGGCGUCGAAGGCAAGUAUACGCCGAUCUCGGAGUACCGGCAGCUGCUGCAUGUCGGCUUUUCCCGUCCCUCGUCCUCGGCCACUCACGCUCUCCGCGCCAGCGGCGACCACGCCGGCGCCGUGAAGACUGAAGGCAGCUGCAGUGCGAAAGAUGCGACGAACUCGAAAGAAAUCGUCAUCGUAUCAGACAACCUAGUCGACCAGGUCUGGGGUGCAUCCCGCCCGCCUGCGCCAACGGCAGAUAUUCUAGUUCACCCGAUUGCAUUCUCAGGUGCCUCGACGCGGCAAAAGGCGGUACAGAUCGUUCAACAAAUGAGGACGUCUCGCUGCGACGUGCUCCUGCUUUCGGCCCUGGACGACGUCGCUUGGUUUCUGAAUCUGCGUGGCUCCGAUGUCCCCUGCUCGCCCGUCUUCCUCUCGUACUGCUUGCUCGUUGAUUCGGCCCCAGACGCGCCCGCAGAAGUCGAGGGCGGCGAAAAGGCGACGCAAGACGACGCCGCCGCCCCGCUGAUCAUCCUGUACUUGAACGAGGCACGCAUCAAAGGCGACGUCGCGGAGGAGCUGGCGAAGGCGCAGGUGCGCGUCCGUCCCUACGAGAGCGUGCGCACCGACUUGAGACACGUUCUGCGAGACAAGAAGUCGUUCAUCGAGUUUAUUUUAAAAUCGAAGGAUCUCCCCGAUGAACAGAAAGGUCUCCAAGAGUCCACACAGCCGUCAAGCGCGCCGAAAGGCAGCGACACCUGCUUAGACGCCCCCGGGAAAGGCGCGCAGAUGCUGUGGCUCGACCCCACAGUCAACGUCUCCGUGUAUGCGACGGCCAACGAAUGUGAUGCCCGCACCACGCUAACAGUGACGCCGGCUGCCACGAACAAGGCAGUGAAGAACGCAGCGGAACUGGAGGGGAUGAAGGAGGCGCAUUUUCAAGACGGCGUGGCGCUUGCCAAGUUCUUCACCUGGCUGGAGCAGUAUGCGGAGCAGCAGCCCCGCGAGCCCUUCACUGAAUGGGAAGUGGCUCAGGUCGUUGACAGCUUUCGAGCUCUCUCUCCCUCCUUCCGGGGGAUCUCUUUCUCUACCAUCGCCUCUGCUGACGCGAACGCAGCCAUCGUCCACUACCGGCCUUCCCAAGAGCACAGCGCUCCAGUCACCUCCUCCUGUCUGUUUCUCCUCGACAGUGGAGGUCACUACGCCGUUGGCGGAACGACAGAUGUCACUCGAACCGUCCACACAGGGACUCCGAGCGAAGAGCAGAGACGCUACUUCACGCUCGUUCUCAAGGGUUUAAUCGGCGUCUCUAGGCAGGCGUUCCCGCAGGGCACUCGCGGGCCGCAGCUCGACAUCCUGGCGCGGCAGCACUUGUGGGCGUCUGGCUUGGACUACCGGCAUGGAACGGGCCACGGCGUCGGGAGCUAUUUGAACGUGCAUGAGGGACCAAUCGGAAUUUCUCCUCGCCUGAUCUGUCAAGCAGGCGAAACUGAGCUGGCGGAGGGGAAUGUGCUGUCAGUGGAGCCCGGAUUCUAUGAAAAAGACAAUCUCGGAAUCCGCAUUGAGAAUCUGGUCUACAUCGAAAAAGCCACGCUGGCCGGAAACUUCGAGGGCAUGAAGUUUCUCCGCUUUCAGCAGCUGACUGCCGUUCCCAUUCAGAAAAAACUCAUUCUACCUUCUCUGCUUACCAAUGAGGAAAUCCAGUGGCUGAACGACUAUCACCGUUGGGUAUGGACGCAAGUGGCCCCCCGCCUUGAAAUGGAAGCCGCGCAGAGCGAAGUAGUUUCUUCAGUUCGUCUUGAUGGGACCCGAACCGUCUCGGUCCCCGCUCCGGAGGAAACCCUAAGGUGGCUCGAAUCGGCCACAGCUGCCAUGCCUCUGCACGCCACUCGAUUCUGA